AUGGCUGACGUCUGUUUCUCCUUUGACUGUACCUUCAAUGAUGAUGGCACUUCAAACUGUAGCACCACAAAAUACUCGCAUAAGACAACUUUCCACCCGACUUCCCCGUCAUUGCCUACAAUUCCUACAACUUCCAGACCAACUUCCCCGUCAUUGCCUACAAUUCCUACAACUUCCAGACCAACUUCCCCGUCAUUGCCUACAAUUCCUACAACUUCCAGACCAACUUCAACGCCAUUGCUUACAAUUCCUACAACUUCCAAACCGACUUCAAGAUCAGUGCCUACCAUUCCUACCACGCAUUCAACGAAUAAGCCUAGAAGACAGACAUCGCCGACAUCUACAUCGAUGUCAUCUUCUGCUAAACCGCCUACAGCGACAAAUCACACAGUGACACCAACGUCAGCACCACAGACUUCACAGGAAACGUCAGUAACUACAGCGUCUUCCGAUACAACAACCAUAAUCUUAUCGCCGACUGUGGCGCCUACCACAAACGUCAACAAUAACUAUACGUCACCUCUACCAAACCGGCCAGAAAUGACGUCACAUUCUCCAGUUAGCUCUGCUGGUAAAUCGUCAGUCUACAUUCCGUGCUCUGUUGUGGGUUUUGCUGUUGUAGUUUUCCUUCUGGUCACCAUUGGACUUGUACGUCGUCAUAGGAACCGCAGACGAGGUUUAGAAGAGAGACAACCUUUACAAGAUGACCUCGAAUAUGAAGUUCCUCCAUUUGAAUUUUUUGAAAAUUAUGUACAGCCAGCUUCACAAUCAGAAGAUGCAAAUUCGCCGUUCAAGGAAAUGACAGGAAAUGAAGAGAUCGAAGAUAUUGAGGAAUAUGAAGUUGUUCGUCUUGGUAAUAACGAUGAGCUUGAAAAUUUACCACCAGUAGAUACCUGCGAUGUCACAUUCGACAAAGAGUCUGUCCUAAAACAACGAGAACGGGAUUCCAAAAGGGGAAAGCGACCGCCACAAAUCCAAAAUCGAGGUGAUAUUAAAGAGUGCUUGCCUUCAGUUACACAUGAUUCGGAGCAGCGCGUACGGAAUCAGGAAGAAGCUUUGGGGGUUGAUCAUACGGAGAAUAUUUACAAUAGUAUAAAGGAGUAUGAUACUGAGAUAAAUCACGACUACGCACAAGCCGUGUUUACAGAAAGAAAUACGGACGAAGAUACGAAAGAGACAAUCUCUACAGAUCAUACAUACAAAAAGUUAGAUGAGGUCCCGAAUGGUGACUGCAGCAAGGGCUACUCACACGCGAGAAUGUUUGGAAGCCUAGAGGAUGAUGACGUAAAGAAGGAAAUCUCAGGGUUGGGCAGCUAUGACUAUGACAAGUUGUCUGAUCGACUUAGCAACAAGGCUGUGUGUGAAUCUGAUAUAGACUACGACCACGUAGGCAAAAUAAAGGAUGUUGAAGGGGAGGGCAACUAUGAUAAGUUGUCCGGUCGACCUGACAACAAGGCUGUGUGUGAGUCUGAUAUAGACUACGACCAUGUGGGCAAAAUAAAGGAUGUUGAAGGGGAGGGCAACUAUGAUAAGUUGUCCGGUCGACCUGACAACAAGGCUGUGUGUGAGUCUGAUAUAGAAUACGACCAUGUGGGCAAAAUAAAGGAUGUUGAAGGGGAGGGCAACUAG